AUGGAGUGUGUGGCCCAGUCUCCUGCAAGCUCACACUUCAUUGCUGAUGGCACCUACACCCGCUUUGCUGACUGGCGUUUUAUUCACAGGGCUAGGUUGAACCUCCUCCCCCUUAAUGGAAGCCAGGUAUGGAAGGAAGACAAGAGGUGUCGGAGAUGCAACGAGGCUGACCUAGAGACUCUGCCCCACGUCCUCAACCACUGUAAGAGCAAGUCUCGUGGCUGGCAACUCCGGCACGAUACCAUCGUCGCAAGAGUAAAAAAGGCGCUCGCUACCAGGUGCACGAUCAUUUCUGAAAACCAAAGAGUGGGCCCCGACAAUCUUCGUCCCGACUUAGUGGUGCAGUCGGGGAACAAGGUCUUCAUAGUGGAUGUCACCAUUCCAUUUGAGAACAGAAUGGAGGGUUUCGAGAAGGCUAAACGUCUGAAGCACGACAAACAUGCGAGUCUUCUCCCCCUCUAUUCCUCAAAUGGAGUGCAGACUUCGAUUGUACCUAUUGUUGUUGGCGCACUGGGAGCUUGGGAUCCCGAGAACGACAGGUUUCUGUUGAAGUAUAUGCCACGGGGCUACCUCAACAAGUUUCGCAAGUUAUGUGUCAGCGAUUGCAUCAAGUGGUCUCGCGACAUAUACGUCGAACACAUAACUGGGCAUAGGCAAUUCACCGAUGGGGUCGAUCUCGCAGAACACCUGACCCCUCCGGAGCCACCAAGUGACUUGUAA